GGUCUGCACUACGGUCCCCACCGUCGUGCGUGACACACAAUUGCACAACAGCUGCUGUCUGCCUGUCUAACAACGAUUUGUGCCAUCCAGUGUACGGUCUAGUCACUUAUACUUACCUCGAUUGUUGUUGUCUUUUUCGUUGUAAAUACAUCGUUUUAUGUACAAAUUAGUUUUAAUCAUUAAAUCUCGAUCGAUAUACCGUAGGUACGCGUGUGGUGACAGACAUUUCUCGACAAUUUUGUCGUCCAGUGUUUUCGGCUGUUCGAUUAUCGUGCUCUCUUCAAGACUGUUAUAUUUUUAAGUUUAUCGUUUUAGCUCAUAGAAUAAAAAAAUAAAAAUGGAACACAACGACUACAUAAACGACGGAUACACGUGUUUCUACUGUCAUACAUCCUACGAAAAAGACUUACAGCUAGCUGCUGAGCUAGGCAAAACUCUGCUGGAGAGAAAUAAAGAAUUGGAAAACAACUUGAGGCAACAGCAAAAUGUCGUGGAAGAUCGCAAUCAAGAGAUCGAGUAUCUUACCAAACAAACGGCCGCUCUGAGAGAAGUGAACGAUUCCAGGCUGCGCAUUUACGAGCAAUUGGAAAUCAGUAUUCAGGAUCUAGAGAGAAAUAACCAGAGGCUUGUUCAAGAAAACAUAAACGACAAAAAGCAUAUAAAAAGUUUAUACGAUACAAUCGAAAGUUUGGAAAGUCGCUGCGAAGAUUUGCAGCACCUGGUCGACGACAUGGGUCAUCUAAAGAAAGACGACAGCGUGGUCAGCGAAGGCAGCGGCAGCGGAGGAGCCGUGAUCGAAGAUCAAGAUGAAUAUGCUAAACUUGCUUCACAAUUGGAGCAUGCGAAAAAUCUAAGAGUCAAGGAACAGAGAAAAGUGUCUGAACUAGAACAAAACGUGUCCUUACUUAUACAGGAGAACACCAGUCUAGAAGAAAAAGUGAGUGUAAUGCAACAAAAAGACGAAGAACUGAAAACGCUCCAAGAUCAAAUCGUCUAUUUAGAAGAGAUUAGACAAGGAAAUCUAUGUCGACGUUGUCAGCGCAGUACUGACCCAAACCUAUUCGACGAGUAUUCAGUGUACGACGACGAUGAUGACACUGAUGAUAUUAGCGCUAUAGGAUCAUAUGUCGAAACUCACAAACACGAAGUCUUGCAACAAUUACAAGAGACGUUGGGUGAGAACUAUUCGGAGGACAACCCGUAUCGGAUAUUGGUGGACAAAUACGAGGCGCUGUUGAAGAUCCAACAGAAGCACAACGCGUUCACGCCGAUGGUGCCGUCGGUCAACCACAACAAUAACAACAACGGCAACAAGGACGGCCAGAACCGGGGAAUAUCGCUACACGAGGAACUGCAGAUGUCAGGGCAGUUCUCGUCGUUUAACGGCAACGCGUCGGACAGCGACGACAGCAGCGACGACGACGGCCUGCCAACGAAAGGACGGAAGGCGCCCAGCGGGGGGGCCACGUGCAAGUAUUCCGAAACGGAAACGACGUCGUCGUCGGGCUUUUCGGACGAGACGAGCAACAAGUGCACGCAGACCGAAACGUUAUUCACCGGUUCGUUCCUGUGCACGAUAUCGGACGGCGACGAUUGCCGGUUCAGCAUCUACGACGACGCCAGUCCCGUGGAGAGCCGGUUCCGGAAGACGCCCGAGUACCGCCAGCUGUUCCGGGAGAUAUUCGCCGUUCUCAAGCGAGCGGCCGAAGCCAAGGACGAGGGCGAGAGGCUACCGCUGCUCCAGGACGACGACCGCGGCUACGAGGGCGAAGACGGCGAAUGCGUUGACGACACUCCGUCUGUCGGCCGUUCGACCACGUCAGCGUCCGGCACUCCACGAGUGCCACCGGCCACGCCCGCCUGCGAGCACAACCCGUUGAUGUCGUCCAUAGAGCAGUCGGUGACGGACGAACGGCGUCCGGCCACACCGCCGCCACAGCAACAACAGCCGCCGACCGACCAACAGCAACAACCUCAACGAGCCCAGCAACAGCAGAGAGUGGAACACCAGCAGCAACGAGCCGAACAACAGCAGCAACAGCGACCGGCUGUGGCCGAACAACAACAGCAGCAACAGCAACAGCUGCUGCAGCAGGAGCCGCGCCCGGACACCCGCCGUCACCGCCGGGACAUCAUCGAGGAGCUUGCGUCCACGGUCAAGCACAAGAAGCACGUCCGGCACCGCAAGUCGGCCGCGGCUAGUCAACAGUCCAGGGACAUCAGUCACCUGCUGGAAUUCAAGUGGACCGACCAGGUGACGCGCCGGCAGCCCAGAAGUGGCAGUGGCGACAGGCCACCGUCGUCUCACAGGUCCACGUGGUGCGCCGCGCCGAUGGAUAGCGCGGAAGCGUCGCCCGUCGUGGCCCAACCGUACGCCAGCGCCGCGUCCCAGGAAGUGGCCAGGCUCAAGCUGCUGGACAAGUCGUACGCUGAGGUGUUGAGGAAAGUGCCGCAGACGUUGUCCAACAGGCCGCAAUCGCAGUACAUUAACAGAAACGCGCAUUGAUGAUUGUUCGCUAAUAUGGGUUAUCAACUUAAUUGUUAACUUUACGUAUUUAAAUUUGUUUUUUCAAAUCCUUUAUUCCUAUAAUAUUAUUAUAAACCCAUCGAGGGUGGAACAAAAAAAAAAAAAAAACAAAAAAAAAAAACCUAUGUAAGACAAUAAACUCGUCUAACGAUGAUUUGUGAUGCCACGGAGUUUCCAUUACUCCCAUUUAAUAUUAUUAUUUAAAUUUGUAUUAUUAAUAUUGAUAAUUCACUAUCAAGAUUCAUCGUGUCUUAAUUUUGUACCUAUAUGUACCUUUAUAUAGUAUUAGCGUACCUCUAUACUACUAAGUUUGUUGCCACCGUUGGUUUUUUGUAACCGUAAUAUUUAAUAACGAUAUUUCUUAUUACGUUUUUUUAUUCUUUGAGACAAAAAUUAA